CGUGGCUCCGGGCCGCCAUCUUGGCUAGAGGCGAAGCGGCGGCCGCUCCUGUCAGGGGGGCAGCGGGUCCCGAGCGGCCGGUGCUCCCCUUGCUUGGACCUCCCCCCCCCGCCCAAAGCCCUAUCCCCAGUGAGCCGGAGCGCGGGCUGCGCCCCACCACCGCCCUCAUCAUGGUGCUCUUGGCAGCAGCAGUCUGCACAAAAGCAGGAAAAGCUAUUGUUUCUCGACAGUUUGUGGAGAUGACCAGAACUCGGAUUGAGGGUUUAUUAGCAGCUUUCCCAAAACUCAUGAACACUGGAAAACAACAUACAUUUGUUGAAACAGAGAGUGUAAGAUAUGUCUACCAGCCUAUGGAAAAAUUGUACAUGGUACUGAUCACUACCAAAAACAGCAACAUUUUAGAAGAUUUGGAGACACUUAGGCUCUUUUCAAGAGUGAUUCCAGAAUACUGCCGAGCCUUAGAGGAGAAUGAAAUAUCAGAGCACUGUUUUGAUUUGAUUUUUGCUUUUGAUGAAAUUGUCGCCCUGGGAUAUCGGGAGAAUGUUAAUCUGGCACAGAUCAGAACCUUCACAGAAAUGGAUUCUCAUGAGGAAAAAGUCUUCAGAGCAGUCAGAGAGACUCAAGAACGUGAAGCAAAGGCUGAGAUGCGGCGUAAAGCAAAGGAAUUACAACAGGCCCGAAGAGAUGCAGAGAGACAGGGCAAAAAAGCACCAGGAUUUGGGGGAUUUGGUAGCUCUGCAGUAUCUGGAGGAAGCACAGCUGCCAUGAUCACAGAAACCAUCAUUGAAACUGAUAAACCAAAAGUGGCACCUGCACCAGCCAGGCCUUCAGGUCCCAGCAAGGCUUUGAAACUUGGAGCCAAAGGAAAGGAAGUAGAUAACUUUGUGGACAAAUUGAAAUCUGAAGGUGAAACUAUCAUGUCCUCUAGUAUGGGCAAGCGUACCUCUGAAGCAACCAAAGUGCAUGCUCCAUCUAUUAAUAUGGAGAGUGUGCAUAUGAAGAUUGAAGAAAAGAUCACAUUAACCUGUGGACGGGAUGGAGGAUUACAGAAUAUGGAGUUACACGGCAUGAUCAUGCUUAGGAUCUCAGAUGACAAAUUUGGCCGAAUUCGUCUUCAUGUGGAAAAUGAAGAUAAAAAAGGAGUGCAGCUACAGACCCAUCCAAACGUGGAUAAAAAACUUUUCACUGCAGAGUCUCUAAUUGGCUUGAAGAAUCCAGAGAAGUCAUUUCCAGUCAACAGUGACGUAGGGGUAUUAAAGUGGAGACUACAAACCACAGAGGAAUCUUUUAUUCCAUUGACAAUUAAUUGCUGGCCCUCAGAGAGUGGAAAUGGCUGUGAUGUCAACAUAGAAUAUGAACUACAAGAAGAUAAUCUAGAACUGAAUGAUGUAGUUAUCACCAUCCCACUCCCAUCAGGUGUGGGUGCCCCAGUGAUUGGUGAGAUCGAUGGAGAGUAUCGACAUGACAGUCGACGAAACACCUUGGAAUGGUGCCUGCCAGUGAUUGAUGCCAAAAAUAAGAGUGGCAGUCUGGAAUUUAGCAUUGCGGGGCAGCCCAAUGACUUCUUUCCUGUUCAGGUUUCCUUCAUCUCCAAAAAAAAUUAUUGCAACAUACAGGUUACCAAAGUGACCCAAGUAGAUGGAAACAGCCCUGUGAGGUUCUCCACAGAGACCACUUUCCUAGUGGAUAAAUACGAGAUCCUGUAAACCCAGGCGAGAGAAAGGAAGAGGGAAAAUUCCAAAUUAAUAAAGAAGAAGCCACCAGUGGCUGAAGAGUUUUUCCAAGUUGACAAGCCAUUGGAGACCCCUAUUUUCUGAUACAAUGCACGUUCUUUGCGCGCAGGGACCCUCAACCCAUCCCAGUGUUUCAGUGUCACAGAGACAUUCUUUGACAAAGAACUGACGUAGACAUAAAGGGAAAGGCUGCUGAUUUCUUUCACAGAUUUUCCUGGCAAGCAGGAAAGCAAAGCGAGCUCUCCAGAUAAUACCCCCAGUAAAUUCCUCCAUUGCCUUCACCUAAGUUGCACCUUUAUUUUAAUCCCUAAAUAUAGUUAUAUUUCAUACUUCAUUUUUUAAAGAUUUUCUCUGUAGAUUUUAAUCUGUCAUACUCCUUUACCUUCCGUUUUUCUUCCUAUACACUGAAUCAAGUACUGGGAUCAUCUUUUCUUAGGUAUUGAGUUUGGCACUCCUGAACAAAAUUAUCUAACCCAUUCUUGAUUUUUUUUUUUUUUUUUUUUUUUUUUUUUGACAAUGUAAGUGAACUGUUUAGGGGGAGUGGAGUCUUGAAGUUAGGAGAUAAGGUUGAUGGCUGUCUUUUUCCCAUGCCCAUCUAUUACUUUGCCAAGUUGUUUUGCUUUUAAGGCUUGCCCUUUCAGUUUAGAAUAGUACUGUGAAUCCCACUUGUGUCAAUGUUAAGGUAGCUAAAAAGCACUUUCAGAUGCCCAGCCCUAGAAGAUGUCUAAGAACAAUGGCUCAUGCCCCGUUAGGGAUUUCACAUCCAAACAUAAUCAUGUCUGCUGCUAGGGCUACCCAAGCUUCCAGUUCUCCACGUGUGGGUACUUGAGCUAAAAUGUAAGGUUGUUUACAUUCCUCAAGUAUAUCAUCUCGCUCUUCUUGGCUACUCUCUGUCAUCAUCCUCUCAUCUAGCAGAAAUCAGGUUAUGAUUUUGGAGACUCUGGGUUCAGUGAGUCAUGUGCCAACACCCAUUGGCCCUGAACUGUCAGGACUGCAUCCCCCCAUCAGAGUGUUGGCCUUUCAAGAAGCAGUUGAUUAUAUUGGCAUGUAGGAAAGACUCAUAUAUCCCAUUUUCUCCUGGCCAACCCAGCAUUUCCCUGGGUUGUCCCUGUCUCUGAAGUCCUUCCUUUACUUCCCUCUAGGCCUUUUGAGUAUCCUCAUGUAGUAAUGGUUUCUGAGCUCCAAAUCAUCCAUUAUUUCUUCAGUAGAGACUCGACAGGCAGCCCAGCCUUGGUUUUUAGCCCAGAGCUGCACUCACUAGCGGGUGACAAGUUGCUGGAGGCUGGGAUCCUGGCAGUGGGAAGAGGUAGGACUGGCAGGUACCCAGCGCCCUUAGCCCCACUCCUCUGAACACCCAGCCCUCCUCGUGGAGGAGACUGUGUAAAGCAGAGCACUGACAAGCACUCAUGGCUGGAAUUGCUUGCCAAAGAAAUUGCUGGCCUUCCCUUUUCCCCUAACCAACCGUAUCAGGGAAGAAUGGUUAGCUUGGUUUCCACAUGAAGUUUUCUGAGGAAGGGGACUGGGACAAGAAGUUUGUCUUGUAGUUAAGUAGACAAGAAAUCUUAAUCCAGUUUUGUUUGAGAGUUGUUUGUCCAUAUGAUUUUUAAACAGUCAAGUUUAAUUUCACAAAAACUUUUUUUUCUGAAAUUACUUUUGGGGUAAUAUUUAAAAAUGAGAGACAUUUUGUAACCCUGUAAAAUAUGUAGGGAAUAUAACAUUCCAAUGUACACAAGAAAGGCAAAUCUUUAAUCAAAUAAAGAGUAUUAUAAAAUGA